AUGGAUCCCCAAGAUCCACAACAACAUUGCGUGACCUUCGCGGCGUAUCAUGGUAAUUUGCAAAUCCCAAUCCAAAGUCCACAGCAUCAAUUUCCAUUUUCUGGGCCUCCAAAUUCCCAAGUUGCCGUACUUCCAAGCUGGGGACCAUCCUACUGGCCUGGUGUUUUGGGAGGUGGCGCAUCCCACAGGAGUGAACUGAACCAGAUCCCAUUCACAUCUGCUAACAGCUUUUAUUAUUUCUCAGAACCUGAAUCAACCGACGACUAUCCUCUCUUCCCGCCAUCUGGCUUCUCAAACGACGGCGACCCAUCCUCGGUCUCUUCCGCGCCCCCUAGUCCAUCAUAUCAGACGAUGGCUCAUAAUAAUCCGAGUGCAAGUUCGAAUAUCGAUCACCCUGCAUACAGUCGCGUCCCUGUCUCAAUUUUGCCCGCUCCACCAGUCCAACAGAGGUUCGGCGGAGCUAUGAAUCCCACCUCAUUGGACGCUUUUUUGGCGACCCACGGGAUGGUAAAUAAUAGCGUUGCGCCUGGCUUCAGACAGGUCGCUCACCCUCACUCUUCCACCAUGGCGGCCGCAAAUAACUUUUUUGCUCCCUCUGCUUCUCAAAAUGAGCUCAACUACACCAUCGCAGGAGACAUACCCGACAAUUGGCAAGACAUGUCACGCUUGGUAGGUGGAUUGCCUAUUGAUGGAGCGCAAGGUUUUGAAACACCGACAAUGCAUCCCUUCACCACCCAUCAAUGGAAAGCUAAAUCAUCGAUCUUUGACAAAUUGUCCAAAGACGCGCUUGGUCUCAUCCUCGAUUAUGUAGGCGCAACUUGGAACGGCGAAAUGCCAAAUCUUAUUAUCGCACUUCGACCAUCGAUCAUCGCUUACGACAACAUCCUUGAACACUUCAUCGAUACAAAUAAGUUUGUUUUGUGCCCUGGCAAUAAUUGGAGCCUCGGCGGUAUGCACCCUCAGGUUAUUGGUCGUAUUAAGCAUUUGGAGUUGUCGGUUUGGUGAGACAGUCUAACACAAUACACUACGACUUCAAGAAUGAAGGCUGACCUUACUCUUAUAGCGCUUGCAACUUGACUGAUGGUGAUAACGAAUGGGUCAUACCAGAGCAGACAUGGGGUCCUACCGAAAAAGCCCUCAAGUCUGUAGAAACCGUCACGAUCUACUCCUCGAACGCCAUCAAACACUUGCCAAAGCUCACAAAAUACCCGGCAUUCAAAAUCGCCCACAAGUGCAGCAGCAGAGAAGACCAAUACUUGAUAGAUUUCGUUAAACGCUACCCAAUUUUCCUUCGACCUUUUGACAACCUUAGGGGUACGACCGUCCAUGUUUCCCUGACUCCACUCAUCCAAAGAAACCAGUUGGCUCAAUCAGAUAAUUUGUGUCGACGUACUAAAGCACCAGCCGAUCUUCACCUUCGCAAUCACACAACCACUGUAGAAUACGAAGUUGACGGACGUACGGGUCUUGUUGGACAGAAGUGGGUUUGGAAGGUUGCAGAUGACAAGCCUGGUCUCAACUGGCAUAGGAUCUGGAGAAGUCUUGUUCCUCCCCAUUUGCAAGAUAUUUCGAACCUGAUUGAUUGGAGUGGUGGUUCUGACGGGGCUGGUCAAGCUGCUGAGCAAGGUCAGAAUACUGCCAUGACGCUAUAG